GCCGGCGGGUCUCCAAUCCUGGUUGGUUGGGGCGGAGGGCUGGUGGCCUCAAGUUCGGAGCCUAGAGGCUUCGGCUUUCCUGCCACCUGUCCUGCUACCUGCCCCGAGCGCCAUGGCUCAGCUGCCGCCCGACGUGGAAGAGGACGAAUGUCUUCCUGAGUACCGCUACCUGUUCUGCCCGGACCUGCUCCAGGACAAAGUGGCCUUUAUCACAGGAGGUGGCUCUGGAAUUGGGUUCCGGAUUGCUGAGAUAUUCAUGCGGCAUGGCUGCCACACGGUCAUCGCCAGCAGGAGUCUGCUGAGAGUUUCCAUGGCUGCCAAGAAGUUGAUUGCUGCUACUGGCCGGCAGUGUCUCCCUUUAUCUAUGGAUGUCCGAGCUCCCCCAGCCAUCAUGGCCGCUGUGGACCAGGCACUGAAGGAGUUUGGCAAAAUCGAUAUCCUUAUUAAUGGUGCAGCUGGAAACUUCUUGUGUCCCGCCAGUGCUCUGUCCUUCAAUGCCUUCAGGACUGUGGUUGACAUUGACACCAUUGGCACCUUCAAUGUGUCUCGUGUGCUCUAUGAGAAGUUCUUCCGGGACCAUGGAGGGGUGAUCGUGAACAUCACUGCUACCCUGAAUCUCCGGGGGCAGGUGCUCCAGGUGCACGCAGGCUCUGCCAAGGCAGCUGUGGAUGCAAUGACACGGCACUUGGCUGUGGAGUGGGGUCCCCAGAACAUUCGCAUCAACAGCCUUGCCCCAGGCCCCAUCAGUGGUACAGAGGGCUUACGGCGAUUGGGUGGUUCCCCGGCCAGAGUAAGCACAAAGGCCCUUGUGAGCCCUCUGCAGAGGCUGGGAAACAAGACGGAGAUUGCCCAUAGUGUGCUCUACCUGGCCAGCCCUCUGGCUUCCUUUGUGACCGGGACCAUGCUGGUUGUUGAUGGUGGGGCCUGGCUGACAUCCCCUAAUGACACCAAGCAGCUGGCAAACUUCGAAUCCUCCUCUGCUAAGCUCUAGGCUCCUGGACUGAGGUGGGGAGCAUGAGAUGAUGGAUCCCAGAGAACCUUGCCAGCUGCAACACUGGAGGCUAGCAAGUGUUUCUCUGACCUCCACAUCAUUUCAUCCUUUAUCCUAUGAGACAAGACAAUGCUGCCUGGCACCAGUCAAGCCCCUUCCCCAGGAUGCAUGUCCAGGCAGCCAGAAGCAUCUUACUUGUGCUUGGCUCUGUGCUGAGGCCUGAGCCUACUGAAACUGGGGAGGAGUGGGGCAGGUGGGGUCUCCAGAUUAGAACUUCCUGUGCUGGCCUCAGAUCUGGGCUGGUGUGUAGGCCCCCGUUUUUCCCUUAGGACACAUCAGGCAUUUCUCUUGGAGGCAUGUGGCAGACCCACUCUGGCCCUUUAGAUCCAAGGGGGGAAUAUCUGGGAGAUUCUGGGUCCUUCACAGGCUCCCAGGUGGGGUGGGGCAGUGCACUGGAACUUUGGGAAGAAGCUGGGACACAGACCUUUGGAACCCAGACAUAAAACAACCUACCUUCCUUCCUUCUACUCUUUCUGUGCUAGGAUCAAACACAGGGCCUUGUGCAAGCUGAGCAGAGCUCACCACUAACCUUUAUCCCUACCCCUUCCUUCCUUCCCUCACCCCCUGGGCAUCGCAGCCCAGCUGCCACCUGCUCAGGUUGCUCCUUCUGCCAGAUGACAUCAAACUCUUGGGAAAGAUGGUUUGCUCUGCUUGGAUCAUGUGUCAGUUCCCUCAAUAAAUUCAUCUU